AUGCUCCGAAAUACUCUAGCACGUUCGGCUUGGCGGACGAGCCGGCGGGCGGUCAAUGUCUCGCGAACCUUCGCGACGACAAGCCAGCGCCCGGCCGAGGUGGAGCUGACAAUUGAUGGAAAGAAGGUUUCGAUUGAAGCUGGUUCUGCUCUUAUUCAAGCCUGCGAGAAGGCGGGCUCAACAGUCCCUCGAUACUGCUACCACGAGAAGCUUAUGAUUGCCGGUAACUGCCGAAUGUGUCUGGUGGAGGUUGAGAGGGCACCGAAGCCCGUUGCCUCUUGUGCUUGGCCUGUACAGCCCGGAAUGGUCGUCAAGACCAACUCUCCUCUGACCCAUAAGGCCCGCGAGGGUGUCAUGGAGUUUUUGCUGGCCAACCAUCCCCUCGACUGUCCUGUUUGUGAUCAGGGUGGUGAGUGUGAUCUUCAAGACCAGUCUAUGCGUUACGGAGCCGACCGAGGCCGAUUCCACGAGAUUGGGGGCAAGCGAGCCGUCGAGGACAAGAACAUUGGCCCUCUGAUCAAGACUUCGAUGAACCGAUGUAUCCACUGCACCCGAUGUAUUCGUUUCUCCAACGAUAUUGCCGGAGCUCCGGAGAUGGGUUCCACUGGCCGUGGCAACGAUAUUCAGAUUGGCACCUACCUCGAGAAGAACCUGGACUCCGAGAUGUCUGGUAACGUUAUCGACCUCUGCCCCGUUGGUGCUCUCACGUCGAAGCCCUACGCUUUCCGAGCUCGUCCUUGGGAGUUGAAGCACACCGAGUCUAUCGACGUUCUCGAUGGUCUUGGUUCCAACAUCCGUGUCGACUCCCGCGGUCUCGAGGUCAUGCGAAUUCUGCCCCGACUUAAUGACGACGUGAAUGAGGAGUGGAUUAAUGACAAGACCCGAUUUGCCUGUGACGGCCUCAAGACUCAGCGACUGACAAUGCCCCUGGUCCGCCGUGAGGGCCGCUUCGAGCCUGCUGAUUGGGAGGAGGCUCUCACUGAGAUUGGUCGUGCUUAUCAGAUUAAGAACCCUCAGGGUAACGAAUUCAAGGUCAUUGCUGGCGCUCUUACUGAGGUUGAGUCUCUGGUUGUCGCCAAGGACAUGGCUAACAAGCUUGGCUCCGAGAACCUGGCUCUCGAUACCCCUACGGGCAGCCAGCCCAUCGCCCACGGUGUUGAUGUCCGAUCCAACUUCCUUUUCAAUUCUCAGAUCUGGGGUAUUGAGGAGGCUGAUGCAAUCCUGAUUGUUGGCAGCAACCCUCGACAUGAGGCUGCUGUUCUCAAUGCCCGUAUCCGAAAGCAGUGGCUCCGAUCCGACCUUGAGAUCGGUGUUGUUGGUGAGACAUGGGACUCUACAUUCGAGUUCGAGCACUUUGGUACCGACCACGCUGCUCUCAAGUCCGCUCUCUCUGGUCCCUUUGGAGAGACUCUCAAGAACGCCAAGCGACCUAUGAUUAUUGUUGGCUCCGGUGUUACUGACCACGCGGAUGCCAAGGCAUACUACGAGACCAUUGGUGCUUUCGUUGAUAAGCACGCUUCUAACUUCCGAACUGAGGAGUGGCAGGGUUACAACGUCCUCCAGCGUGAGGCUUCUCGUGCUGGUGCUUUUGAGGUUGGCUUCACUACUCCCUCUGCUGAGGUUGCCCAGACCAAGCCCAAGUUCGUCUGGCUCCUUGGUGCUGAUGAGGUGAACGAGGCGGAUAUCCCUAAGGACGCUUUUGUUGUCUACCAGGGUCACCACGGUGACAAGGGUGCUCAGAUUGCUGACAUUGUUCUUCCUGGUGCUGCCUAUACCGAGAAGGCUGGUACCUACAUCAACACUGAGGGCCGUGUCCAGAUGACACGAGCUGCUACCUCCCUCCCCGGUGCCUCUCGAACUGACUGGAAGAUUCUCCGAGCUGCCAGUGAGUUCCUUGGCGCUCCUCUCCCUUAUGACGAUGUCGCCAUGGUCCGAGACCGUAUGGUUGAAAUCAGCCCUGCUCUGGCUGCUUAUGACGUUGUUGAGCCCGUUGCUCUCCCUGCUCUGAGCAAGGUCCAGCUCGUCGACCAGAAUAAGGGUGCCCAGGUCACUGGAACACCUCUCAAGAAGGUUAUCGACAACUUUUACUUCACCGAUGUCAUCUCACGAAGCUCUCCCACAAUGGCUCGCUGCUCAGCGGCUAAGGCUACGGGUGACCCUAGGACAAACUUUAUGGCUCCUGGCAUGGAGGAGGAUAAGCCCAUGGGCCAGGUCGAGUACGGCGUAUGA